UGAGCCAAGGGUACGUUUGGCCCGCCUCGCUCCAGGGAGCAGUAACGUUGUUGUCACGGCCAUGAGCUGCGCCCUGGCAGCGGCCCCUCGCUCUCUGUGGCGGCUGUGCACGGGGGCCCGGCGGCCCCACUCAGCUUAUGGAAGAAGACUUGGUGUCAGGUUUUGCAGUUCAAGAAUGACCUUAGACAAUAUCAACUGGGCAGCUGUGGAUCGAAUAAUCCGAGUGGAUCACGCAGGUGAAUAUGGAGCGAACCGCAUCUACGCAGGACAGAUGGCCGUCCUGGGCCGGACGAGCGUCGGGCCGGUCAUUCAGAAAAUGUGGGAUCAAGAAAAGGACCACUUGAAAAAGUUCAACGAGUUGAUGGUUGCAUUCAGGGUGCGGCCAACGAUUCUGAUGCCCUUCUGGAACGUGGUGGGGUUCAUGCUGGGCGCGGGGACUGCCCUGCUCGGGAAGGAGGGUGCAAUGGCCUGCACUGUGGCUGUGGAGGAGUCCAUCGCACAUCACUACAACAACCAGAUCAGGACGCUGAUGGAGGAGGAUCCUGAAAAAUACGAGGAGCUUCUUCAGGUGAUAAAGAAGUUUCGGGACGAAGAGCUUGAGCACCAUGACAUUGGCCUUGAACACGACGCGGAACUGGCCCCAGCAUAUGCUGUGUUGAAGAGCAUUAUCCAGGCCGGGUGCAGCGUGGCGAUAUAUUUAUCAGAAAGAUACUAACGAUCUCUCUCUGGGGGAAGCCGGCUGCCGUGUGGUGAGGACACUCAAGCAGUUAAUCUGUGGAGGGUCACGUGACCAAGAACUGAGGCCUCCUGCAAACAGCCCUGUGUUUGUGGCCCCUCGGAAGUGAAUCCUUCACCCGGUACAGGCCUUCGGAUGCCUGCAGCCUCAUGAGGGAGGCGGAGCCAGAACCACCCCUCGAAGUCACUCCUGGACUCCUGACCCUCAGCAGCCCUGUUACAUAAUAAAUGUCUGUUGUUUUCA